UAGUAGAAUAGCAAGGAACGAUUGUAUUUUAUUUACGUGUAAAUACGAAAUAACAUAAUAAAUAAUGGCUCACCAAGGAAGCUUAGCUGAUGUAAAACAUGAAUUUAUAGAAAUAGGUGAAUAUAAUUUUUCAUGGCCUGGAGAUAAUGGGACAUUUGGGCCAGUAAAUUACACGCUUCCAUCCGGACCAUGGUAUUGGCCCUGGUGUCCGUUAUGGAGAAUUUCGCAGCAUCCACUGUUCCAGUUAUCCAAUAUGCUAUUUGUAGCAUCAUAUUGCGCUCCAAGUACAAAGAAAGGGCAGCUUUGGAUGCAUACCAUUCUUAUUUUCGGGUUUAUGCUGUAUUCAGUCUGGGCUUGGCACGUGAUUUGUUCUCCCGAUGCCUUCUCGUGGAAUUUCGGCUUCGUGUUUUUAAAUUUAGCCCAAGUCGUGUACUUGGUGUAUGAAAUGAGACCGGUCAAAUUCGAUCCCGAGCUUGAAGAGGUGUAUCAUACGCUUUUUGAGCCGUUUAAGGUGUCGAGACUGCAGUUCAAGCGCAUGGUGUCACCGGAUUUCGCACACGUGAUGUCCCUGCACGCUGGCGAGGCCUAUGCCAUGCAGAACCUCACAAAGACUGACCGCCUCGGACUGUUAUUGGCUGGAAAGGUCAACGUGAUGAGUGGUCAUCAGUUUCUGCACCCGAUCUUACCCUGCGAGUUCCUGGACUCACCAGAGUUCGAGUCCAGUCGGGCUACUAUCGACGAAAAGUUCAAGGUAUCGAUAGUAGCUGCGUCAUCGUGCCGCUACGUGUAUUGGCAACGGAGUUCUCUCGAAUAUCUGUUCGUGAAGGAGCCAUAUUUGGCGUGCGUGGUAACCACGCUUAUAGCACGUGAUAUUACUACGAAGUUAUAUGCUAUGAACAACAAGAUUGUGACUGAAAGAGGGUCGCAUUUAGACAUACGCUUGCCGAGUAUUUCACACGCGCUGGCUCGCAGCCCGAGGCGGCUCCGCUCCGCUAAACUUCCGCCUCCUACUACCGUGCAGCCAGUCCCGCCUGAGAAACGACCGACAAGUAAAAUACCUAAGACAACUUCCACAGAAUGUUGGACUCAGCAGUCUGAACAACAAGUCCCAAGUGCUUUGAAAAGAAACGGUGCUGCGGCGUCCUACGGCGGCGAUGAAGAACUCAUGCCCUUGGCAGCUCACGAAGCGCCGGCCGCUUCCUCCGAUGACUUGUCUGUGGCAGACAGCUGCCCGGACACCUCUUCCAAAUAUCAUAGCUGUGAAGCCGUAGAGACUGACGAUGAAUUAAGACAUUAAAAAUAAAUAUUACUUACUUAAAUACUCGC